AAAAAUAUUAUUUAGGUUCUUCCAUGGAUCCUAUGUUAUCCAAGAAUGCUUAAUCCAAUUAUAACGUCAUAAGAGCAAACUGAACGAAACGUUACAAUACUUUUAUUCAAUUGCGAUAUUUGCUAGUGUUUGGAAGCCAAGUUCUUGAGUUUGCUAUUCAAUACGUUGUUUGCGUUCAUAUAAUUAUCAACCGUUUCUAGUUUUUAUUUUCCCAUAUGUCUGAAAUCAUCGACCGUCCGGGUUUCUUCGCCCGCCUUCGUACAGGAACCCAACGUUGUCUCCACUGUAUCAUUCCAUACCUCAACCGCCCGAAACCGAAAGAUGAUGACGCAUCGAUAGAUGCCGGAAAACCUAGUUCAACGAUCGCAGAUAUGUCCUCAGUAGCCACAUCAGAGGAACUGGGAGAUCUCUUUGACAUGGAUACUUCUAUCAAGAAGUUACCAUUCUUUGACACUCCACUUAUUAAGACGUCGGUUCGUUCUUGUUCAGUAAUGGAUAUAGGAAUACAUGAAAAGUAUUUACCUGCCGUAGAGACAGUGACUCGUGACGUUCGUUUCUAUGACGGAACGUCUAUAAUAGAAUUGCCAUCGAUUGGAGCCACACUCCAUAAUUUUUAUGGCAUCCAUGGACUGACUCCUCCAGACGUCUCACCUACAAACGAUACUUAUACCAGCAAUACUGGUCAUGGUAAUCGCCAGUGGCACUAAACAUCAUUGGAAGAUGUUUGAAGCCAUUUGACCGAGAUGAGAUUUGAAUAAUAUAUAUAAAUUGCCAUAACUAUACAGUGCAAAGAAUUCCUCAGACAGCUCCACCGAUUAAGAGAAUUCAACAGCAUUAAGUUCUGUCGAAGAACACUAUAUGAAUUAUCCGGCGUUAGGUACAAAAUAUGAUGAACCACCCGCCUCAAUCUAUACCUUUUAUGUUAAAGUUAAAUGAGCAAUUUCGUAAAUAUAUACAUAAAUAAAUAAAUUUUAAAAAACAGGUGAACAACAAUCAUAAAAUAGGAAUUCAAUUGUGAAAUAUUUAUGGGCAUCAUUCUAAAUAAAA